ACAAUUAAUGUAGCAACCAUGGAAUUACUGACACGGAUGAAGGGAUAACAGAAUACUGCCAACUUCCCCCCAGUGCAGUAUUCAUGAGCUCACUUCCUAACUUAUUGGCCUUACUGAUAGUACUAUGGCAUUCCCAACUGUCUCAUUCUGUGGAAAUAUGCUGUUGCCCUGAUCUAACCCUAUCAUUAACAGCUGAAGUAUCCGACACAACAAAAAGUUUAGAAAAUGGUUUUAUGUAUAUAGCUAAACAGGACUCCACUGUGUCACUUAGGUGUGAUCUUGGUGAUAAGGACCACCCAGCAAUCAAGUCAGUGGUAUACAAGUUUCACAAAACUUAUGAUCUUAGUACGAGUAAACCAAUCUCUCUCGACUCCAAGAACAAAGAGCUCUGUUCGGACGAUGAUGUUCCUACUUGCGACCUGACCAACGUGCAGUACACAGACAGACCAUCAAUGCAGAAUACUUUCGACACAGCAGAUAACCACAUUUAUCAGUGUUACGCCGAGAUAACGAUGAUAGAUGAUGCUGUUGUCAAACUGUGGUCACAUACUGUCAAGCUGGAUGUUUAUUAUCCACCUAUCAAAGAAAAUUUGCCCGUCGUAUCAGACCCCAAAUCUGUAUCUAUUGGAAAAGCAAUGGAGAAGCUUCUUUGCAAGCUACCAGAGUCGAAUCCGAAAACCAAGGCCCGGUGGUCGUUUGAGAAAAAAGAUACUUCAACCUGGGUAGUGAUAGACAUUCCGAAUGACCAAGUUAGGGGCGAUAGACUUGUUAUAGCCGAAGAUGACAUAAGUGCGAUAUCAAAAGAUGACAUAGAUCGAGGAACGCUGCUAAUCAUGAUCUUUAAUGAAGAUGAGGACCAAGGGAAUUAUAAGUGUGAGGCCGUAUACGAUACUGAAUUUGAUGACACGGAUAUGACUUAUGAACUUUCCAAAUACGAAGUCACAUCGAACGGCCAGAACGAUGCGGGCGCCCUUCUUUUAAGACCUGUAUCAGAGAUAACAGAACCAAAUUUGGUAGACCAGGAUUCGACUCAUGUCAACUUUACGGUGUACAUCAGAGAUACUCCCGGCAGGGGUAAAUGGGGAGAUGUUAGUUACAUUUGGCAAAUCGAGGAAAAUAACCAAGACGUGGAUCUUGACUUCGACAAACAUCCCAAUCUCCAGCUUUCCAACCAUGGCCGAACCCUGACUGUUAGAGAUCUAGUUAAGUAUCGAGAACACGAGUUCCAGUGCAAGAUCAAAAGAACUACUGAUGGAGUGGAGGCAGAUGUAACUAGCAAACAAUUUGGAGUUGGAAAGGUUAAAGUUGUGAUUGCUCCCAAGUAUCUAUCCAUCCCCUUAACGUCACGGACCUGUGUGAAUCUGGGGGAUGAUUUAAAAGCAGCACCCAACAAAGCCUACAUGAUGCCUAGUGAAGCUCUAGCUGGGGACAAUGCUAAACAGAUCUUAUUGAAAGCAGACAACUGGAAAUUCUACCUUAACGAUUACAAAAUCCAGUUCAUUACGGACACUGAUCAGAAUUUUGACUAUGAAGAUAGGGCAGGUAUAGAUCAAGCUCAAUAUGAACUAAAACUUCCAGAUCCACAGGAGAACCAUCAAACAAGGUGCAUCUAUUGGCAAUACAUGAGGGCAUACGGACUGCAGUAUCAGUUAUUUGAAGUAAUGAAAACGGAGAGAUUUAAGAAUAAGAAUAAAAACCUCCAAGCAAAUCAAUUCGAAUUCCAACAAAUUUGUGAGAAAGCAACAAUUGUAAUUGUAUAUGUUAAAGAAGAUGAAGAUAUAAAGGUCAGUUUGACUUUCUCAGCAGACAUGCCAAUCACAUCAGCUCAUUGUCUUAAGGCGGAUUUGGUUGAUUCGACUAAUAAAAUCUUGGAUUCGAAAAGACUUCGUGUAUCAGCUGCCGAUUCAUGUGCAACCUGGACAUUACCGCAAAUUUUUGAAUUUACGGGAAUUGCUGAACAAUUGCUGAAAGGUCUUAAAAUAAAGAUUUCGACUGACUCCUGUGUUGAUAAUAAUCCUAGCUAUAGCUGCACUAUAGAAGUUGAUGCCAAAAAGUGCAGCAAGCCUACAGACAUUCCAAACAGUGAUCAUAUUGAGAAUAUCAGUCCAGAUGUGGUGAACGCUGGUGAGAGCUUCACUGUUAAAUGCGCUCCGGGAUAUAUUCUGAAAACUGAGAUGAUCUGUCAGAGAGAUGGAACUGUUUCCGAUUCGAAGUGUGUUUUAGCAGAGAAUGAUAUAGAGGAAGUAACCGACCAAGACGAAGAUAAAAAGCGCUCGCCCAUGCUGAUAAUUAUACUGGUAGUUGCGGGGGUGGUGGUGUUAGUAGUGGUGGUGGUAGCUUGUUUAAUCAAGAGACAAGGAAUGGAAUGUGCAAACAGUGGAAAAAGCAAGAAGAAAGCAAAAGAGACAAAUAAAACAGAAGUUCAGAAGGAUGGUGUUAAAGAGGGAACUGUAUUAAGUAAUGAAAUAAACGAUAACAAAGUCUAAGAAGAUGUAAAACUAAAGUGCAGGAAACAAAAAUGUUAGCAUCGAAUAAAAGAUAUAAUGGUAUAGUUUGUGUAAAUGUGAACUUGACAAUCUUUAGGUGAUAACAUCAAUCUAUCGAGUUUAAACCAUCCAAUUCGGAGGUGCCUAUAAUAAUAAUUAACAUCUUAUUCUUACAACAUAUUAUAGAAACUCCAUUUAAAUACACUCCGCCCUAAAUAUGAUUUAGACAACAGGCGAACAUUUUCCUAUACAUCCAGAGAAAUGGAUUGGAAUAAAAUGCUAGUGGUAUUUUACCCUUCUUAGUUUUAAUGUUUCAGUAUAAUAUACUGCACUGUACACUUAUUAUAUACGUUAGUUAUAAUAGUGAUAAUGUUAGGGCCUCCGAAGAGAUUAAUGUUUUCUGUCAUAACUUUAUGUUUUCUGUCAUAACUUUAUGCAAGAACAAAGAAAAGAGGGCAAUGUUAAUUACUGGUGGGGCUAACGUUAUUCAUGGGAUAGAAUCCAGGAGAUAAUACGUUACUGUCUACUUUCUUAAUACUUUUUACGGC